AUGGGGAUGCACCGACAAUAUGUGCCCCUCGACUCCACCAAGGGGGGCAAGUCCUCCGCUGCAGUGCUGGUGGUGGCGAUGAUCGGCAGUGUCGCCAUCCUCGUUAUCUCCGUGUUCAUCGGCGUCAAGCUCGCGCAAAUGCAGGGCAUGGAACCACCGCCACCGCCCGCGAAGCUUCCGCCUCCACCCGUGAACGUCACGAUCACGUCCAAGAUCCAGAUGGCCCUCAUGUUCCUGCAUUCGCAAAAAUCGGGCAAGCUCGACCCGGACUUUCCCGUCACGUGGCGAAGCGACUCAGGCUUGCAGGACGGGCGGGAUCAGAACCGAGAUCUUCGAGGCGGUUACUACAUCGGCGGGAGCAACAUCAAGUACCACUUCCCCAUGGCGUAUACUGUGACCAUGCUGUGCUGGGCGCUGCUGGAAUACGAGUCCGUGUUCCGGCUCGUAAAUAUGCACAACGAAAUGGCGGAGCUUAUUGACUGGGGUGUACAGUACAUCCUCCGUACAAGAUACGAGGACCUCAUUUUUGCUCAGGUGGGCACGCCCGAGAUCGACGACGUGUGUUGGAUCCGGCCGGAAGACAUGAGGCCCGCGCAGCGCCCCACCAUGUUCCCCUGCGACAUCGCGCAUCCCUGCUCCGACCUCGCUGGCGAGUACGCCGCCGCGCUCGCUGCCGCAUCGCUCACCUUCCGCGUUGGCAACCCCUCUUACGCGGACGUUCUUUUGAGAAACGCGGCGGAGAUUUUCGAAUACGCGGAUCAGUACCGCGGGAAGUACAGUGACUGGGUCGAAGCAGCGCAAACGGAGUACAAUUCUACCGGGUAUGGCGACGAGCUCAUGUGGGGCGCCACGUGGCUGUACUUCGCGUCGGGAGAUUCAAAGUAUCUGGACUACGUGGUCGGGCCGAACUCGUACAUCUUCGAGACGAACCAGUGGGGUCCGGGCACGAAGACGUUCGACUGGGACAACAAGGCGCCCGGCGUGCAGGUGCUGAUGACGCGGCUGCUAAUGCUGGGGUACGGGGCGGGCAACGAGGGGCAGAUCCCGCAGUACCUGCAGACGUACCUCAACGCCGCGAAGCUCUACGUGUGCCAGCACACGCCGCACUGGCUCCACGCCAACUUCACCGACAGCGGCGGGCUGAUCUACGUGAGCGACGACCAUCCGAUCCAGUACGCGGUGAACGCGGGGUUCCUGUCGGUGCUGGUGAGCGACUACCUGCGCAUCGCCAUCAACGCCAACGUCUCCUCGCACUACCUUGACUGCGACGCCACCAUCGACGACAUCGUCGACUUCGCCGCCUCGCAGGUGAACUACAUCCUGGGCGACAACCCCCAGAAGAUGAGCUACAUGGUGGGCUUUGGCGACAACUACCCCACGCGUGUGCACCACAGAGCCGCCUCCAUCACAUCUCGGCAUGUGGACCCCACGGCCUUUGACUGCGUCACAGGCCGCAAGUUCAAAAAGUCCAAGUACCCAAAUCCUAACGUGCUGGUGGGAGCAAUCGUGGGCGGUCCAGGCCGGGACGACUCAUACCUGGACGACCGCACAAUCCCCCAGCAGAGCGAGCCCCUGCUCUACGUCAAUGCUGUCUUCGCCGGCCUGCUCGCUAGCCUGGGUGCCUUCCGCAGCGGCAACAGCCCGGGUAACUCGCUCACGCGCAUGUGGGCGCAUAUUCCCUGGGCCAAGAAGUACGCCGAGUCCCUCGAGGAGCUCAUUCCCAAGCCCUACCCCUCGCCUCCCAAGCCGCCCGUCUCCCCACCCCCCUGGAGGACCCCUCCCCCGAAGGCCCCCAAGUUCCCCCCCAAGCGGAAUGGCCCCAGCCCUCCCCCUCCGUAUGUCAACCCUCCGCCUCCUUCGCCUCCUCCCCCAAGCCCCCCUCCUCCGCGCCCUGUCAAGAAACACACUGCCCCUGCGCCGCCUCUCUUUUACAAGGGCCAGGGGAAAUACAAGGCUCCGGGUGGUGCAGAUCUCCCCACUGCUCCUGCUGCGCACACCGCUCCUGUGAAAGAGAUUCCAGCCACGCUCACGCCUGUUCCGGAUCCAGCGGCUGGUGCUGCCGGUUCUGCAGGGGAUGGCCUGCCGGCAGGGAACCCUAACUCCUCGUUCAUCCCCACGCUCAUCGCAGCGCUCCUCUUAACUCUCGCCGCGUCUCGCUUCGUCUCGCUCCCCGUCGCGUCCCGCGUGCCGUCCUCCCGCGCCGCGCAUGUCGACGCGGAUGCAUUGGCGGAAGCCGGCCACUUGGCGGAGGGACCCGCGGAACGGUGGGGGCAGGGGGAGCGCGGGAAGACCAGGGCGCAAGAAGGGCAGUUGGUAGGGGCAAAUGGGGAAGGAGCGGAAAGUCCAAGGCCGCAUGCGGAAAGAGCGAAGAGUCCAGGGGUGGAAAGGCCAGGGGUGUAUGGGGAAGGUUCUGCUGGUGAGUGGAAGCACGGCAGUGGCGCGUUGAAUGAGUCUGCAGGCACGCUGGGCACGGGAAGCAUGGAAGCGGAAGGUAUGACUGAGGGGAGGAAUGAGGGGAGGAAAGAGGGGGGGCGCGGGCGAGAGAAGGAGAUGGAUAAUGAAGGCAAUUUGAGUGCGGCUGGUUUGGGAGGGCAGGGCGACGGGCUGGAAGACGAUGGGGAUUUCAGUGGCGCUAUUGCAGUGGACGGGAGGUGCUUGGUGUGCGAGCAGUUAGCGAGGUCGCCUUGUAUCGAGGAUGCGCCGCAGGUGAGGUGGUUACCAGGUAGCAGUAACGAGGGCGAAGGCGCGGACGAGGGGGAUGUCGUUGGUGGGUUCGGGGAGAGAGAGGAGCAUAUGGAUAGCAGCAGCAGCAGAUCCAGAAAGGGGAGGAUGGGUCAAGAGGUGCAAGGGCAGGAUCAUGGACCUGGUGAGAGAACACAGCAGUAUCAGCAGCACUCGAGGCAGCGGCUGCAAGAGCAACAGCAGGACGAGCAGCGGAAACAGACUCACCAGACGCAGAAGCAGAAGCAGGAGCAGGAGCAGGAGCAGGAGCAGGAGCAGGAGCAGGAGCAGGAGCAGGAGCAGGAGCAGGAGCAGGAGCAGGAGCAGGAGCAGGAGCAGGAGCAGGAGCAGGAGCAGGAGCAGGAGCAGGAGCAGGAGGAGCAAUCAUCACAACACCACUCCCAGCAAAAGCACGUAUUUGUCCCAACCACACCCGUCUCCCUCUCAUCCCCUCCGUCCGCUGCCGCCCCUCCGCCGCUCCCACUAACAUGCCCGAACAUUGUGAUCCUGGGAUCGGGCCUGUGGCACAUGCUAUGGGUCACGGACCCACCUCACUUUGCAGCAGAGCUUGCUGUUCUCCGCUCAACCGUGCUGCGCUUGCUCAGAUCGCCCCGUUGCUCUGCGUCUCCGGCUAUCACUGGUGAUGAUGUUGAAGAGGGUGAUGGUGGUGCUGCUGCUGGUGCUGCUGCUGCUGCUGCUGCUGAUGAUGAUGAUGAUGAUUAUGGUGUGGGUGAGGGAAGUGUAAAGGCAGGAGGAGAGAGUGUGGACCAAGUUGCAGUGGCUGUGGUGGAGGGAAUGAGGAGAGCUGCUGCCAAGGAAGGGAGUGGGGGAGGUGGAGAGGUGGAUAAGAGGGCGGUGGAGGAGGGAGAGGGGGAGGAGGAGGAGGAGCAGGAGCAGGAAGAGGAGGAGGGAGGUAGAGAAGAGGGUGUUGGUGUGAAGAGGAGAAAGGGGUUGGAGAGGUGGGGUAGUCAGGGCGGAAAGCUGGGUGAAGGGAGAAUGAGCGGAAAUUUCCGGAAAGGGGUAGGAGCAAGGCGGAGGGUACAGGAGGAGGGUGCAUCAGGGGUUGCGGAGGAUGCAAGAAGAGGAGGUGAGGGCGCAGGGGGUGCUGAGGGCGAGGAGACUAGAUUAGGGGCUGAGGAGGCAAGAAAGCACGAGGUAGAGGAGCUGGCGGAUGGACCUUCAGAGGAAAAUGGUUAUGGAGAAGAGAGAGCUACGGGAUCUGAUGCAGAGGGGGAUGAGGAUGAGGAGAAGCAAGGAGGAGAGAGCAGAAACGAAGGGGUGGGGCCUGGGGAGGCGAGUGGAAGAGUGGGAGAGAGGAAACGUGAAGGUGAGGGAUUGGGGGUGACAGGGGGAGAUGGAAAGGGAGAGGUUGAGAUGGUGGAGAUGGAAGAGGGUGUGGGGGUGGGAGAGGAGGAGGAGCAGGAGGAGGUGAUUGGAGGGAAGGUGUUGGGAACAGGACCUACAAAUGGGGAAGAACGGACGGUGGGAGGUGAUGGGUUGGAGGGAGGAGAAUUGAAGGGAUUGCGAGUUGAUAAACCGGAGGGGUUUGAGGGGGAGGGAGAGGGGGAGAGAGUGGGAGGGGGAGUGGGAGAGGUGAUGGACGAGAGAGUAGUCAAGGGUGACGGAAAGGGACUGUGGAGUGAAGAGGGGGAGCAAGAGAAGGAGCAAGGGGAGGAGCAAGAGGAGCAACAAACAGAGGAAGGAAAAGCAGGGGACAGUGGAAAAGAGCACAAGGGGAGGGUAAGGGAGAGUGAGGACACGGACAGUGAGGAAGAGAAGGAGGUAAAGGAUGUAGAGGAGGAGGAGAAGGAGGAGAAGGAUGAGGGGGAGGAGGAAGAGGUGGGGGAGGAGGAGGAGGAGGAGGAUACGGUGGUGGUGCGUGGAGCACCAGUCAUGCAGCCGCUCUUCUUCUGGCUGGGACUGCCAGAGCUUAUUCAGUCACGGCUGAACACGGAGAGGAAGAGGGAGAAGAUGUCGCCCCGCAUGGUGAACCUGUAUGAUGCCGUGGUGCGGCGGAGUGGGCUUCUGGUGGAGGGAGCGCAUGGGAAGGUGGGGGGCAGUGUGGAGGGAGGAGAGAGGGGGAGGGAGGAGGGGGGAGAGGAGGGGGAUGAGGAGGGGGACGAGCAGGGGAGUGAGGUUGAGGGCGAGGGAGAGAGGGAAGGGGGGGGUGGGAGCAGUGGGGUUAGGGAUGGUGGAGCAGGGAGAGGAGGGGAUGGGAGGGGAGGAAAGGCAGGCGGAGGGAAUGGGAGGGAAAGGGAGGAGUCGCAUCAGGUGGUGGAGCUGGGUCCCUGCGUGUUGCUGCCACUGGGGGAGCUGAGUAAGGGGUGUGGCGAGACGUGCACCCCGGAUGGCAUGCAUUACAAUGAUGAUACAUAUGCUGCUGCUGUGCAGAUCAUGCUCAACCACGCUGCUCGCUUGCUGUAA